GCUCCUGAUGAUAUUGCUUUUGUCACUCACAUGAUAUAUUUUCCACUUUUGGUAGCUGAAUUCAUACUUUCUUGUAUAGCUGAUAUUCGAUACAGACAUCCACCUCCCCCGGUGAAGGGUAAAAGGAAAGAAUGUCCAGAAAUUCCUGCGUCUUUCCUGUCAAGAUUAGUAUUUUGGUGGUUUAAUGGCAUGAGCAUUCUUGGUUGGAAAAGACCAUUAACAAUGGAUGAUCUUUGGGAACUAAAUCCAGAUGACAGGACAGAGUACAUUUCUGCACAAUUUGAGAGACACCUUCCUCAUGCUCGUUGGGUGCAAACUCUGCAUAGCAAUUUAUUACGAGAUGGCAGCGUUCCAUUUUCCCAGGACUCCAAGGAUGGAAAGAUUGAAAUUGAAACAGAGUUUGUCAUACAGAAUGGACUCCAGGAAAUGCCAAAGAAACAAAUAAAUAUCUUCAGGGUUCUUGUGAAGACAUUUUGGGGCUAUUUUCUGGCUGGCUCUGCUUGCAAAUUCAUUUAUGAUUUAUUACAGUUUGUGAAUCCUGUUCUUCUAAGGCUAUUAAUAGCUUACAUUGGUACUGACGAUCCAAUCUGGAUUGGGAUCAUUUAUGCUCUUGGAAUGGUUUUGAACGGUAUGCUGCAGUCUGUUCUUUUAGCAGAUUAUUUUCAUCGUAUGUUUCUUCUUGGAAUGCGCAUUCGCACAGCUCUUGUUUCUGCUAUUUAUAAAAAAUCGCUUUUGCUUUCGUCAUCUGCAAGAAAAGAAUCAACUGUGGGUGAAAUUGUAAAUUUAAUGUCUGUGGAUUCACAGAGGUUCAUGGAUCUAAUGCCAUACAUUAACAUGAUUUGGUCUGCCCCACUGCAAAUUAUAUUGGCACUUAUCAUGCUCUGGCAAGUUCUGGGCCCUUCUGUCCUUGCAGGACUUUUAGUGAUGGUCUUAUUAAUACCCAUAAAUGCCGUAAUUGCAGCUCAAGCUAAAAAGAAGCAGGUCAAGCAAAUGAAAUUUAAAGAUGAAAGAGUUAAACUUGUCAAUGAAGUAUUAUCUGGCAUUAAAGUGUUGAAACUGUAUGCAUGGGAAAAUGCGUUCAAGAAAAAGAUUGAUGAAAUUAGGGAGCGAGAAAUAAAGCAUUUGAAAGGUAUAGCAUAUCUUAAUUCUGCUGGCAUGAUGAUAUGGAGCUGCUCGCCUUUUAUUGUUGCUUUAGUUACAUUUGCAACCUAUGUUCUAUCAAGUGAAGAAAAUGUUUUAAACGCCACCACAGCAUUUGUCUCACUGUCUUUGUUCAACAUUCUCAGAUUUCCCCUAACCAUGUUGCCCCAUAUGAUAACUACUAUGGUCAUGGUUAGUGUUUCUGUGAAAAGAAUCAACAAGUACUUAAAUAGUGAUGAAUUGGAAAAGUAUGUCAUUCGUGACUCAUCACAAAGUUUUCCUCUUGUGGUUCGAAAUGGACGCUUUCAAUGGAACAGGUCGGAAAAUAGUGAGCAAGAAAAUACCAAAGCUACUCUAGAAGGCAUCAACUUUAAUAUCAAGUCGGGUACAUUAAUAGCGAUUGUUGGUCAGGUAGGAUCUGGGAAGUCUUCACUUCUUUCUGCCAUUCUUGGGGAUAUGGACAAACUAAGUGGAACAGUUUCUAUCAAUGGAAAAAUUGCAUAUGUAGCUCAACAGCCAUGGAUACAAAAUUCUACUCUGCAGAACAACAUCCUGUUUUCAAAAAAAUUGAACAAGCGAGUUUAUGACAACGUGGUUGAAUCUUGUGGACUUGUCACUGAUUUAACCAUCUUACCAGGAGGAGAUCAAACUGAAAUUGGUGAAAAAGGCAUUAAUUUGAGUGGUGGCCAGAAACAGCGUGUCAGCCUAGCCAGAGCAGUUUAUUCAGAUGCUGAUAUUUAUCUGUUGGAUGAUCCACUCUCGGCAGUUGACUCUCAUGUUGGAAAACAUAUUUUUGAAAAAGUGAUUGGACCUGAUGGAUUGCUUAAAAAUAAGAACCGAAUUCUGGUCACUCAUGGGUUGACGUACUUACCAAAGACUGACAUGAUUUAUGUCAUGAAAGAUGGAGAAAUCGCUGAGAAAGGAUCAUUCCAAGAACUAGUAGAAAGUAAAGGACCCUUCUCUGAAUUUCUUUCGCAAUAUUUGUCACAAGUUGAAAGCAUUGAUGAAGACUUAGAAAUUCUUGAAGAUAUAACUCAGAAGAAUCCUGAGCUAUUAAGAAGUUUAUCUGAAAGAAGCGAGAGGAGCAACAUUCCGGAAGAUAGUGGUGAACAUCAUUCAGAUGUAGAAAGUAACAGAAGAAUGUCUGUGCUGUCAAUCAAUAGGACACCGGAUAGAAUAUCUCGAUCCCCAUCAAAGUCUUCAGAGAAGACGCCUGAAAAAUCCUCUGAAAAGGAAAUCGAAGAGAAAGGAGUUAAACUGAUCAACAUUGAGACAGCUGAAACAGGACAAGUGAAAUGGUCCAUUUAUCUUGAGUAUUUAAAAGCUUGUGGAACAUUUUGGGUUAUGAUAAUUCUCCUUGCAUAUGUCACCUGGCAAGUGCUUUCAGUUUACUCAAAUGUCUGGUUGAGUGAUUGGGGUGAUGACCUUAAAGCCAAUGAAACAUCACAACGUGAUCUUAGGCUUGGUGUGUAUGGAGCUUUAGGACUUGGGCAAGCUAUUUUUGUAUUCGUUGGGUCUUUUUCUACUGCUUAUGGGACACUUAUUGCUGCUAAAGUUCUGCAUAGUGAUUUAAUGAUGAAUGUCCUGAGAUCACCAAUGUCCUUUUUCGACACCACUCCUCUGGGCCGCAUUGUGAAUCGUUUUGCCAAAGAUAUAGACACAAUUGAUGUUACCAUUCCGAUGACUAUCAGGUCAUGGCUAUCUUGUUUUCUUCAAGUUGUUGCUACAUUAAUAGUCAUCAGCAUCCAGACUCCAAAGUUUAUGAUUGUUGUUUUACCUGUCAGUAUCAUUUAUUAUUUUAUUCAGCGAUUCUACGUAUCAACAAGUAGACAGCUAAAGCGAUUAGAAUCCAUCACCAAGUCACCUAUUUAUUCUCAUUUUUCUGAAACUUUGACUGGAGUUAGCACAAUCAGAGCUUAUGGAUCCGAACAGAGAUUUUGCAUACAAUCUAAUGAAUAUGUGGAUAACAAUCAGAUUUGUUAUUACCCAAGUAUUGUUGCAAACAGGUGGCUUGCCAUAAGGUUGGAUUUUUGUGGUAAUUUUAUUAUAUUUUUUGCUGCCUUGCUGGCUGUUUUACAGAAAGAUGACUUAAAGGCUGGACAAGUUGGAUUGUCUGUUACAUAUGCUCUAUUGGUUACAGCUACCUUGAACUGGAUGGUUAGAAUGAGUUCAGAAUUGGAAACAAAUAUUGUGGCUGUUGAACGAAUUCUUGAAUAUACCAAAACACCAACUGAAGCUGAUUGGAUUAUUGAUGACAAGAAACCUCCACCAGAAUGGCCUCACAAUGGAGAAGUUUGUAUGGAUAACUAUUCCACUAGGUAUAGAGAAGGGCUAGAAUUGGUUCUUAAAGGAAUAAGUUGCAAUGUAGAGCCUGGUGAAAAGGUUGGAAUUGUUGGAAGAACAGGAGCAGGGAAGUCUUCAUUGACAUUGUCUUUGUUUAGAAUUAUUGAAGCUUCAGGAGGUGCUAUUGUAAUAGACAAUGAGAAUGUAGCUAAGAUGGGGUUGCAUGACUUGCGGUCAAAGAUUACAAUCAUUCCACAGGACCCAGUUUUGUUCUCUGGUACCCUUCGCAUGAACCUGGAUCCUUUUGGUUCAUAUUCUGAUGGCCAACUGUGGGAAGCAUUAGAUCAUGCUCACUUGAAAAAUUUCGUAUCAAGUUUGAAUGAUGGUUUGGAGCAUGAAAUUGUUGAAGGAGGCGAAAAUCUAAGUGUUGGGCAGAGACAACUGGUUUGCUUAGCUCGAGCUUUAUUGAGAAAAAGUACAAUUUUGGUUCUUGAUGAAGCAACUGCUGCUGUUGACUUAGAAACUGAUAGUCUCAUCCAAGCCACAAUCAGAAAAGAAUUCAAGGAUUCAUCGGUCCUUACCAUUGCCCAUCGUUUGAAUACAGUUGUGGAUUAUGACAGAAUAAUGGUAUUAGACAAUGGCAAAAUAGCAGAAUUUGAUAAACCAGAUGUGCUGCUAAAGAAUAAGAAAUCAAUUUUCUAUGGAAUGGCCAAAGAUGCUGGACUUGUUUGAUGUUGCCAUCAAAAUUUAUGUAUCAUUGUUGAGAUUAUAAUUAUUAUUGUUGAAGUAUUUUGGAACAGUAUUGGAUGUAUUUUAACAUUCCUGUUCUUCUUGUGUCUUCUGUGAAGAGGAUAAAAUCAAAACUUAGUAUUAUUUUUAUGUACAUAUUAUUCAAACCUGAACCUUUGAUACUUGUUCAGCAAUUACUGCUGAAAAGUACUUAAUCUUGUUUCUGUGAUUGGUUUUAUUUUUUCGGCAUUUAUUAAAUAUUUGUUUUCAAGUG